GCUCCGUCCCAGGAAGGAAGCCAUUAUUGCUCCGUUCACCUGCUGCUGCCCUCUCCUGUGUCACGCACGCCGCCUCUCCCUCCCCCGCUCCCAGCCUGCAACCUCGGGUUCACCAGCACAAGUACAACCGGAGAGAAGCGGGGUUUCGCCUCCAAAAUCUCUCGUCGAUCAAAAGAAGUUCUUGAGGUCGAUGUGACCCCGUUUCCAUCUUUGGAGGUUUCGUAGAGAGGAUGGGUUUUGCGCGGGGAAUGUGCUGGAUGGAUUCCCGAGGUCUCUGUUGAAUCCAGUUUCUUGGAGAUUUGGGAGGUUUGAUUUCGUCCGAGCUCAGGACGCCCAAACCGUUGUGCUUGUGUCCCGGGGAGAUUAUUUGGAGCGGCGGAAGGUGGUGCGACAUGGCUGCUGUAUGUGAAAUCUGUGGAGAUGUUGGUUAUGGACAUCUUUUGCUAUCUUGUGAUCACUGCAAGUGUGCCAUGCACCAAUACUGUCUGGCCAAGGUUCUUUUUGAUGGAUCAUUAGUAGAACGCUGGUUCUGUGAUGAAUGCCUGCCAAAGCGUGGUGAAGUUACUUAUGAGGGAUUUUUGCAGAAGGCGCCAAAACAUGCUCGUUCUGGUUGUGUAGUACGCCGGGCAAGUACCAUAAGUGUGAGGUCAACAAGGGAAGCAGGGCCAUGUAGAAACCAUAAGAGUAAGUCAGAGAAGUCUAAAAGUAAAUCUCGAAGAAAGAAAUGUUCGUCAAGCAAGAAUUCUAUGCUAAGGAAGCACAAACAAAAGGGGUCUGAUAUGCAACCAAUGGGUAAUAAGACCAUUACACGAGAUUGCAAUGCUCCCAAUAUUUCUUGUGAUAGUGAGAAGGAACUUCAUUCCUGUGAAGUCAUGACCAUUGAAACAUCCAAGGCCGGCAAAGCGGAGAAUCAGCAGAUUGACCAUGGACAUUGUGUUCAUACAUUAAACAAUGAUUGUGUUGCAAAUUGCUUGCCAGCAACGGUAAAACAAAUCAAUCUCCAAAACCCAUUGGAUGAAUUUGAACCUCCUCUAGGUGAUGCAAGGCAAUUGAACCCCUCAAAGGACAGUGACUGCCUGUCGCCAGGGAACGUUGAAAUUGAAAAUCUAAAGGGUCAUGUUACACCAGUCGUAGCACGGGGAAAUCAGAGUGUACCCAAUAUUUCUUGUGAUAGUGGAGAGGCACUUCAUUCCUCUGAAGUCAUGACCAUUGAAACAUCCAAGGCCGACAAAGAGGAUAAUCAGCAGAUUGACCAUGGACAUGGUGUUCAUGCAUUAAACAAUGAUUGUGUUGCAAAUUGCUUGCCAGCAAGGGUAAAACAAAUCAAUCUCCAAAACCCAUUGGAUGAAUUUGAACCUCCUCUAGGUGAUGCAAGGCAAUUGGACCCCUCAAAGGACAGUGACUGCCUGUCGCCAGGGAAUGUUGAAAUUGAAAAUCCAAAGGGUCAUGUUACACCAGUCAUAGCACGGGGAAAUCAGAGUGUACCAUCAACACUACUGGAUCGGGUGGAUUCAGGUUCCUUCCCAGGAACCAAUUUGAAAGAAAUCGUUCUUCUGGAGGACAGUGAUACAUCAGCGGAACUUUUUUAUACUGUGGAGAAUUGUGUUAAGGACAAUCAAGGGAAGCAAAUACAGCUCAUUAUACUGGACGAUGAUGAAGAAGAGGCUGCGGAUGUGCAGUCAGAAGAUUACAAUCAUCGGUCGCUUGAGUGUGAUGGAUCACUGAGCAAGCGUAGAAUAGGCAUGGAAGAUUGUGUCAAACAAGCUGUACAGACUGGUGAUUUGAAUGGUCAAAAUCUCAAUGCUGUACACCUAGAUAUUUUGAUUCCUGAAUCUUGUGAGAUUACUCAGCCUGUGAAGAAACGGAGGAGAAAUAUAGAGGCGAAUGAAGAUAACAAAGAUGAAGAGGUUUUAAUAGGUACCAGUAAUCGUAAAUGUGCUCUUGAUAAUGCUUCAAAGUUGACAUCAGAAACUUUAGUUGCAACGGAUCCUGUUUUCGGAUCCAGGAUGGCAUUUGAUUCAGAGUUUGCCAAUCAGCAAUCUUCUAUGUACUCACAACCCACUGAUGAACCUAUCUGGAGUGGAAUACUUAAGAUAAACAACGAAGUAUAUAUCUCGUUGACUGCACACCUGUCGACCACAGCUUGUGGGUUUGUGCGGGAAUUCUCAAGGUCGUUGCAACCAGUAGUUAAAGUAAUCAAGCUCCCUCGGUUGGAAGCCUGGCCAGAGAGUUGGAGGACAUCAAGGCCUACUGAUGGCGACAUUGCAUUGUAUUUCUUUCCGCCCAGUGCGAGCCCAAAUGAAGAAUCGGAUGGGCCAGUGGAGGAAAUCAUUGAUAGUGGUGCUGUCUUACAAGCUGUUAUUGGUGUCGCUGAGCUGCUAAUCUUCCCCUCCACAAUGUUGCCAGCGCAAUAUCAUUUGUGCCAGGGCAAACGCUACCUGUGGGGGAUGUUCAAGCGUAGGGAAGAUGAGUCCGACAGUGAUCAUCUAGUUGAAGAACAAGAUGGUUCAGCAUGUGCCAAAGUAGGGGAGAUACAAGAACACAUUUUUAUGGACCGGCAAUAUGAAGUACAAUGUGUUUCACCAGAUCAUGAAACUUCGGCUGUGAAGCAUGUCGUGCAUGUUGAGAAUCAAUUGCUGGUGGAGCAGAACUGUGGAGGGCAAGAGACGGCGAUGAGUGCUACGAUGGGCCUUCACUCACCUGGCAACAAUUCGUCAUCUGCAGAGCCGAACCCACCAAAGGCUAGAUCAAACUGUUUCACACAGCCAAGAGCUGACAGUAAACCAGAUGUGCCUGAAGAAGUGGACCACCAAGAUGAGCAAAACUUCACCAAGCCAUCAGCUGACUCUGCGGGACCUGCUGCAGCCACUCCCAGUCCAAUCGAUUCUGCCGAGUCAUAGUUGCCAUGUUUCCGGUACGGUGGGAACGAGAAACGGGAACGAGGGACGAGAGUCGGUGGUUGAAAAAAAUAAGAUACAACGAAGGUAUACAUCUCUCGAACGAAUUUUUUAUAGCGGGGACGCGAUCCAAUCCAUUUGGGUACGAUGAACCCGGUACGGUACCAUGGAUCGAGGAACGCAGUUCCUGAAGAACGACGACUCCCUGACGUUCAGCAUUCCUUGCUGUUAAUGAAUCCCUUGCAAUUAAUGGACUGGAGGAAAAACGAGGAGUCCUUGAGAAAAGAAACGACGGCGUGAGUAAAUUAUGCCUCGCGUUUUGGCUGUUGGAUCCUGGAACCUGAAUCGAGGAGCAGGCUGCGGGGACGCCGAAUCUUCAUCGAAUCGUACCGAAUCCGACCUCGUUCCCGAAUCCGAUUCCGGGUCGAUGAAUCGGGAUCGAGGGACGGCCUACCGUUCCCCGUUUCCGGCUACUAUGUGCCGAGUGUGGGGCAGUGCCUCCCAUGACUCAAUUGUUUGGGUUUGUCACGGCUCGGACACCAAGAGCGCAGAAGCUCAUCCAGGAGAUGGUCAGUGAAGGUGCGCUGUUAUUUUCGGUGACUGAAGAGAUUGCGACCGGCGGAUCUGCAGUAGGCAGUAAUACUGGAGCACAAGUACAUCUGGCACCUGACAGUGCGUCUCCGCCUAUGCAGGAGCGCUGCCAGCCCAUCGGAUUCGUUCCACUGGAUGAUGAUGUGGCUUCUGAAGCCUGCCUGGAAUUGUUCCCAGUUCGGCAGGAGCAUAUUGGAUGGACUCCUAGGGUAGAAACUAGCAAGGAGGUAGAUCUUGACCUGAGCCUUAGCGCGCGUUCCCGGGCAUCGUCUGGGUCGCUCCUGUAAUAUUUGCUGCCGAGGCAACUUACGAACCUGGCCGAGUACAAUUUUGCUGAGAUUUCUUUGUUGUCUACCAAGCCGGCAAUCUUUUCUCUGUUAUUUCCAAGCCGGCAAUCUUUUCUCUGUUAUUUCCAGUGCAUUCGUUUGCAAUGUUGCUGGCCAUGCUUUUUCUUCUUGUAGUGAGUUACUUUUUUGUA